AUGAAACGACCGGCAGCAAAAGGCCAGGGGAACGGCAAGACUCGCAGCAAGACCAGCAAGCCAGCCCCCGCAGCCACAGAGAGCAAGACCAGCAAGCCAGCCCCCGCAGCCACAGAGAGCAAGUCCAAGAAGCCAGCCCCCGCAGCCACAGAGAGCAAGUCCAACAAGCCAGACACAAAAGCCACAGUGUCCAAGAAACCAGGCACAAAAGCCACGGAGAGCAAGUCCAAGAAGCCAGACACAGAAGCCACAGAGAGCAAGUCCACGGAGGAGGCAGCCCCCAAGGCAUCGGCCAAGGCCAGAGGCAGACCCAAAUCCAGUGCCGUUGCUGCGAAGAGCAAAGCAAAGAAGAAGGGGGAUGACAAUGGUGACGACCUGGCCACGCCGCCGGCGAAGAAGGCGAAGACCGACGACAACACGAGUGGCGAGAAGCAAACAUUUGCCGGCCGUCGGAAGCCCAAUCCGGAAGCGACUCUCAAUUAUUGGAGAGCCGUGAAGCAAGCCUUCGAGCACGAAGUGCAAGACCGAGUGCAAGCCCCAUCCAAGCUGGAGGACUCCUUCUACAAGUUUUGCUUGGGCAGCAUCGAGUCGGACGAUGUGGAUGACAUGUUCAGCAAAGCGAACAAGAAAGCCCACGAGUUUUUGCGAUCCAGUGCUGUUGCAGGUCA